CGCCCCCCGCCGGCGGAAGCGGCCUGACGGCAGCGCCGGCCGCGGCAAGAUGGCGGCGCCCAGCCUGCUGCGCGGGGGGCUGCGGCGGAUCUUCUCCGGGCUCCUGGGGAGCGGCUGGGCCGCGCCGCCGGUCCGAGCCCUCCGCCAGGUCGUGGAGGUGACUGAAGGCAACACGACCACAAUUGAAGGCAGAAUUAUAGAGGAUGCUGAAGCACCACCUCCUCCAAACCCCUCUGGUCAGUGUCCCAUCUGUCGCUGGAACCUGAAGCAUAAGUAUGAUUAUGUGGAUGUCUUGCUGCUGAGUCAGUUUAUCCGUUCAGAUGGAGGGAUGCUGCCACGAAGGGUCACAGGCCUCUGCUUGGAGGAGCACAAGAAGGUUGCUGUGUGUGUGCAGAUGGCUCACCGUGCAGGUUUGUUGCCAAACCACAGGCCUCCACUUCCUGAAGGGCAUGUUCCCAAGAAACCCAAGCUGAACAGGUACCUGACCCGCUGGCCCGUCAGAUCUGCAAAGCCCAUUUGGAGGAGGGGCCCUAAGUGGUGCAAAAAGCCCUUUCCAGUUGGACACCCUUUGCUGAAGGAUAAUAUCAAAUAUACACAAAAGCCUCUCUGUUUAAACCACUAGUGGCCAGAACUAGCAUAGUCAGUAAGCACAUGUUGUCCACUGUUCUGCUGGGAUUUUUUUCAAGUUUGUCAAUAUCUCCAAUUUUCUUAUUCCAAAAUUGUCUUCAGUACUCUAUAUUGUGUCCAGCUGUGAUCUUUUCCUCUAGGAGAAUAUAAGAGCCAUCAAAGCAAAGUUCAGUGUGCAGGAUGAUUUAAUAAAAGCAAGGGUCAAAGACUUCUACCUCAAAGCCAGAAAGAAUCUGUAGGCUUUUGUUUAUGCUCCACAAAUAGGUUUGGAAAAGGAUGUUUCCUUCUCUUCCCAGCAGUGAGUGGUGUUUCCCCAUUAAUGUGUGUUUCAACUCAGAUUUGUCUCAUUUGGGCUUUUGUACCUGUGACACAGAUGGAAGAAAAAUUUCUCUGCACACUGUAUUUUCUCAGCAGUAACAGAAAUUGUUACUGACUACUGAAAUUAAUUUUUUUUAUUAUAAUCAUCUGUACUAUCCAAAUUUUCAGUGGAACACCUGUGGCAGUGGCAAACAGGUGUGUGUCUUACAUGUCCCCUUGAGAAUUCCUGGGUUGUUCUUCACUCCUGAAUCUGGCAAAUACACAGUGUUGACAUCCUUGAUGACUGCCUGGUUUUUUACCCCUGGCAAAUAAAUUUUUCAUAAAUCUUCCACGUCAGUGAUAUGGUUGCUUCCUGGGAUAGUUUGGAACUGAUUAUCCAUCCUGUAACUAAAAGGUGGCACCAUUUCUCUCCCUGUGUAGUACAUAGAGAUCUUCCACCUACUGACCAUUGCUAAUUAUGCACCUGAUAUGAAAGGCUCAUUAAAUUUAUCAUGGUCAUUA